AUGUCAGAUAAGUUGUUCAAAAUCGAUUGUGGUUACCAAAAUUACGACUGGGGUAAGCUUGGAUCCAGCUCAGCUGUUGCACAAUUUGCAUCCAAUUCUAAUCGUGACAUUAAGAUCGAUGAAUCAAAACCAUACGCUGAAUUAUGGAUGGGAACCCAUCCUUCUGUUCCAUCAGUUGCUGUUGAUGCUGGUAAAUACUCCGGUAAGACUUUAAGAGAUUUGGUUGGAGAAGAGCCAGAAAAGUACUUGCAUAAAUCCAUUAUAGACAAGUUUGGAUCUUCUAAGGAAUUACCAUUCUUAUUCAAGGUAUUAUCCAUCGAGAAGGUUUUGUCUAUUCAAGCUCACCCAGACAAGAAGUUGGGAGCACAGUUACAUGCUGCUGAUCCUAAGAACUACCCAGAUGACAACCACAAACCGGAAAUGGCUAUUGCUGUCACUGAUUUCGAGGGAUUCUGUGGAUUCAAGCCUUUAGCAGAGUUGGCCAAGACAUUGCAAACUAUUCCAGAACUUAAGGAAGUGAUUGGAGAUGAAAUAGUCGCAGAAUUCGUAGGAGGAAUCAAGCCAGAAGCUGAGUUGGGCUCACAAGAAGACUCGGCUAACAGAAAGUUGUUACAAAAGGUAUUUGGUAAAUUAAUGAACACCGAUGAAACUUUCGUUGCCAAGAAAGCUGAAUCGUUGGUUGAAAGAACCAAAUCCCAGCCAGAAUUGUUUGGUGUCAUCUCACCUAAAUUGGCAGAAUUAAUACAACGUUUGAACAAGCAAUUCCCUAAUGACAUCGGUUUGUUCUGUGGAUGUUUGUUAUUGAACCAUGUUUGCUUGGUUGCUGGUGAAGCUAUGUUUUUACAAGCCAAAGAUCCUCACGCGUACAUCAGUGGGGAUAUCAUUGAAUGUAUGGCUGCCUCUGAUAACGUUGUCAGAGCUGGUUUUACACCUAAAUUCAAGGAUGUCAAGAACUUAGUUGAAAUGUUGACUUAUUCAUACGACUCAGUCGAAAAGCAAAAGAUGCCUUUACUUCCAUUUAACAAGUCCAGAGGUGCUGCUGACAAGUCUGUCUUAUAUGAUCCUCCUAUUGCUGAAUUUGCUGUUUUACAAACCAUUUUCGACAAGAAGGCCGGCGCAACCCAACAUUUUGAUGGUUUCGAUGGUCCAUCUAUUUUCAUCUGUACCAAUGGUAGUGGAUCUGUAAAGAUUAAGGGCGAUUCUGAUGCCAAGCAAGUUGAUACUGGUAAUGUCUACUUUGUUGCCCCAGGUGUCGAAAUCGACUUGGUUUCUUCUUCCCAAAACGAACAGUUCACUACAUACAGAGCCUUCGUGGAAGCACAAUAA